CGUGAGUGACGGUAAUUCUGUGCGACUGUGAGAAAUAGGUAGUGCUGCUCACCUUGCAGGCUAUACAAGCUCUACGGAUAUGGCGGCGGCGGCGUCCUUGUCUGUUCCUGCAGGCAAGUUGUACGUCGCUGUCUCUGGUUCGUCCAUCUCGUUGUUACGCCAUGAUUCCUCCUCUUCGUCCUUCGUCGCGACGACGGGCUCUUGUCAGGUGUGCCCGGGCUGCUGCGUUUCGCCUUUCUCUUCUGACGUGGAUGCAUGCCGCCCAUGCACGAUCGCCUUGCAUGGGAUGGACGCAUUCCAGGGCCUGCGCAGCUGCAAACGUUAUCUGAAACUGGCCGGAUCUGCUCCUCUUGGCGGCGCGCAAAGCGUAUCGUCCUUUGCAGAGCAAAUGAAGUCCGUGACACUGCGUGGGGCCUCGACGUCGCGUCCCAGCAGAGGGGUUGUCUCUUGCGAGGCGGGGAUGAAGAUCGUGUUUGUCUCCGCUGAGGUCGGNGCAGAUGUGCAUGCUGCUCACCUUGCAGGCUAUACAAGCUCUACGGAUAUGGCGGCGGCGGCGGCGUCCUUGUCUGUUCCUGCAGGCAAGUUGUACGUCGCUGUCUCUGGUUCGUCCAUCUCGUUGUUACGCCAUGAUUCCUCCUCUUCGUCCUUCGUCGCGACGACGGGCUCUUGUCACGUGUGCCCGGGCUGCUGCGUUUCGCCUUUCUCUUCUGACGUGGAUGCCGGCCGCCCAUGCACGAUUGCCUUGCCUGGGAUGGACGCAUUCCAGGGCCUGCGCAGCUGCAAACGUUAUCUGGAACUGGCCGGAUCUCCUCCUCUUGGCGGCGCGCGAAGCGUAUCGUCCUUUGCAGAGCUAAUGAACUCCGUGACACUGCGUGGGGCCUCGACGUCGCGUCCCAGCAGAGGGGUUGUCUCUUGCGAGGCGGGGAUGAAGAUCGUGUUUGUCUCCGCUGAGGUCGGUCCUUGGAGUAAGACGGGUGGCCUUGGCGAUGUGUUGGCUGGACUGCCGCCAGCGCUUGUCGCCCGUGGUCAUCGGGUGAUGACCGUGGCUCCUCGGUAUGAUCAGUACAGGGACGCUUGGGACACCAGUGUCACGGCGGACGUGGUGGUGGGCGGGAGGACGGAGACUGUGCGCUUCUUCCACUGCCAUAAGCGUGGUGUCGACCGUGUUUUCGUGGACCAUCCUCUCUUCCUUGCCAGGGUUUGGGGCAAAACGGGCGGCAAGAUCUAUGGAGAGACGACUGGGGAAGAUUACCCCGACAAUCAACUCCGCUUUAGUCUGUUCAAUCAGGCGGCUAUCGAGGCCGUUCGACUUCUCGACUUCAAGCACAGCAGCAGCAGCAGCAGCAACUCUCCCUCCCCCUUCCAGGGUCCUUAUGGCGACGAUGUGAUCUUUGUAGCGAACGACUGGCACAGCGCGCUUGUUCCUUGCUACCUCAAGAGCAUAUAUAAGCCACGCGGACAGUUCGUGAAUGCCAAGGUCGCCUUCUGCGUGCACAACGUUCUUUAUCAGGGCCGUUUUGCCGCCACGGACUUCGACCUCCUCAACCUUGGGGAGGAGCUGAGGCCCUCUUUCCGCUUUCUUGAUGGGUACGAGAAGCCCGUCGUCGGGCCGAAGAUCAACUGGAUGAAGGCAGGCUUCGAAGAGGCCGAUGUGCUGCUCACCGUCAGCCCUAACUAUGCAAAGGAGUUGGUUUCUGGGGAAGACAAGGGCAUGGAGCUCAAUCACGUUGCGGAGAGGAGAGGUAUUGUCGGGAUCGUGAACGGUAUGGACGUGCAAGAGUGGGACCCCGCUUCCGACAAGUACCUUGAAGUCAACUACGACGCUUCCAACGUUCUGGAAGUCAAGCCUGGAUUGAAGGAGCUUCUCCAAGCUGAGGUGGGGCUGCCUGUUCUUCCCCACGUGCCGCUGUUUGCCUUCAUCGGCAGACUCGAGGAACAGAAGGGGUCGGAUGUGCUGUGCGCAGCACUUCCCAAGUUGAUGCAGGAGGAGAACGCGCUGCAGAUGGUCGUGCUGGGAACGGGGAAGAAGAGGUUUGAGUCGGAGUUAAAGGCGUUGGAAAAGAGGUACCCGGAGAGGUUCCGUGCCGUGUGCAAAUUCAAUGCACCCUUGGCACAUCUGCUCACCGCUGGGGCGGACUUCAUGGUUAUUCCAAGCCGAUUUGAGCCUUGCGGCCUCAUUCAGCUACAUGCUAUGAGGUAUGGCACGGUACCCAUCGUUUCUGCCACGGGAGGACUCGUUGAUACGGUGACCGAAGGGGUGACAGGAUUUCUCAUGGGUGACUCCUCGUUCGACGUCCGUUGUGACCGCGUGGUCCCCACAGAUGUGCGGAAGGUGGUAGAUGCUGUUUGCAGAGCGACCGAGGUGUAUGGCACACCCGAGUUCGAGUCCAUGAUCCUGGCAGACAUGGCCCAAGAUCUGUCCUGGAAGGAACCGGCGAGGCGAUGGGAGGAGGCGUUGCUCAGCUUACAAGUUGUUGGUGCCCAGCCAGGGGUGGACGGUGAGGAGAUCGCUCCCAAGGCAUUGGAGAACGUCGCCACACCUUAGGAGUCGAGGGGUUGCCCUAAUGCCUGAGGGUGAGAGUGGACAACGACCAUGUGCUUCACAGCUUUUUUUAAGAGUGUGUGGGCUCUCUUGGAUGCUACAGCAGGUAGUGUUCCCAGGUUGGGUGGGGGGAACAAGGUCUGGCUCUCAGAGGAGAAGGAACGGCAGUAGUAUCUAGUUUUGAGCUCCCUUUUUCUGAGGACGUCACUAAGUAUUUUCAUGCAUUCAUGCAUGCAGGUGAAGGACAAUCGUUGUUGUGGAGAGGCUCGUUCUUUUUCCUUCUCUUCUCGUUGUCUUCAGAACGUAUGGUUAGGCGCGGCACUUUUAUUUUAUAGGAUUUAGACACAUGUCGCAAGGCACUGACUAGAUUAUACGGGGUUCCUUUUUUUUUUCUUUUUUUUUCGUUCUUUUAAGAUACGGGGUUCUUUUCGCCCCUUCAUUCAUUUGCUCUGGAUUGGACGCUCUGUUUGGGCCUCGGCCUGUGUAGAUAUAGAACUUCCGCCGUCUCUACGUAGCAAAUGAUGUCUCGGGUUCGUUCGCGCAAUAUAUCAGGAGGAGUGAAGUUGAACUACAUUAUUAUGCAUCGAAUCGAAUCUGAAGGUAUGGGAAGAAAGUGGAUGAAAUCGACGUUGCCAGUAAAAAUCUGUUUUGUUU